CAGCAAUUUUGGUCCCCAUGCUUAACUGAGCACACUCUUGCCUGAGCGCGUGGCCGUUACUUAGAUAAAUGGAAACCCAGUCAUCUACCUGCUGCCAGUCCUCUGGUCGAGCCUCCGAAGUCCAAACUCUCCAGGUUGACGAUUCCACCCCGAGCGUUUCUGGGACCGGCUGUUGCGUCGACUGUGGCAGCGGCCGAACUGCAUGUGACGAAGGUUGCAUUCGCAAGAUCGCUGCGAUCCAGUGUCGUGCCCGCUGCGGAACUCAACGCGAAAACGUCCUUUUAGUUGCUCCUGAUGGAUGUCCUGACAAGUGUUGCGAGGAUGUUGGGAACAGUAUAACCGUAGACAGGCAGACCGAACCGAAAUCCACCCUUUGCGACCGAGAAGAUGCUUGUUCCACUCGCCAUACCAAGACACGACGCUCUCGCGAUAUCGUUCUCGAGAAGCUUGCGCCCUGUGGAAGCAAAAAGAACACCAAAGCGUGUGGUGGCGUUGCAUCCACCACCAGGACUACUUGCUGUGACGAGCGAAAAGAAAACUCUUCCAUGAGCACGAAGGACAAUAAUAGCUGUGGAAGUGGCAGUCAGAACGGCAUGGGUACUGAAGAAGACACAUGCUGUGCUGAUAAAUCUGUACUUCCCAUCCCCGCCCAGAAAAGUGAUUUGUGCUGCGGUAAGAAAGAGGACACCUGCUGCAGAGAGAACGAGGAUACCUGUUGUGGUGAGAAUGAGGACUCCUGUGGUGCUGAGAAAGAGGAACCUCUUAUUGCUCGAGUGCCAAACGAUGGCUGCGAGUAUGGCUCCUGCUGCGGCAAUACUACCACUUCCAUCGAGGCAAAGCAUUCCUCGGCGGCUGUUUGUGGAGCAAAGCAGCAAAAGACAGCGGUUGGAGCCUGCGUUCACCACCUCCAAAAAGCCUUUGCCGAAUACUCCAGCUAUAUCGAGAAGGGUCGGUGUAUUUGCCGUAGUGUCUUGGACCGCCUCGAUACUUGUUGCGGAGAAGUUAUCCCUAAGAAAGCCAUCACUGGCAGCCAGCCGUCCUCUAUUGCCAAAUCUACUGCUCUUGCAAGCGCCCAAAACCUUCCAAUUCGGCGGCAAGCAUCAGCGGCGUGCCGGGAAAGUUGUUGCGAUAAGACGACUACUCGCAACAAAACUGGUGAGCACGAGGAUAGAUUGUCCUGCUCCUUAGACGAGGUUGAGAUAUCAACUCCUUGGCCCGAGAAGACGACAAACACUAGGGCAAAGGAGGUCGAUAUUGAAGAUGCUGCGGCUCGCGAACAUGUCCUUCUCAGUGUUGCCGGCAUGACUUGCACAGGCUGUAGCAGAAAGGUGUCUAACGUUCUCAAGAACAUAGAUGGAGUGUCUUCUAUCAAAGCUACCUUUGUGACUGCGGUAGUCGAAUUUGACCUCAACACCGCGGUCACAAACUUGGAACAACUCAUUCCACGCGUGGAGAAAGAGACUGGAUUCAAGUUUUCCAAGAUCACAAGCAACUUUCAAGCCUUGGACUUGAGAAUCGAUCCUGUCACUGCUACCCGUGCCAGCGAGGAGCUACGAGCCAUGGCUGUAUCCGUUGAACAGCUCAACAAGGACACCUUUCACAUCACCUACGAUCCGACUGUCAUUGGUGCAAGAACACUAUUUUCGACUAUCAGAGGAGCAAGUCUUUGUCCACCGCAGAAUGAUGCCAAACUAGCCGAUGGAAGGCGUCGUCUUGUGAAGAUGGCUUGGUUCACGGCAUUGGCUGCGGCAUUGACGAUUCCAGUUGUUGUCCUAGCGUGGGCUGAUACCCCUGUGCCAUAUGCAACGCGAUCGGUCGUCUCACUGGUUCUCGCCACGCUUGUUCAGGCUCUCGCAAUUCCUGAAUUCUAUGCAGGCGCAAUGAAGUCUCUCAUCUACAGUCGAGUGCUUGAAAUGGACAUGCUGAUCGUCAUCAGCAUAACCGCUGCAUACGUCUAUUCGGUGGUAGCUUUCUCCCUAACGCACGCCGGAUUCACCUUGGAAAUUGGUGAGUUUUUCGAAACCAGUUCACUGCUUAUCACACUGGUCCUUCUCGGGAGACUGGUGGCCGCUAUAGCGAAGGUAAAAGCUGUCUCUGCUGUCUCACUGCGCUCACUGCAGGCGGAAAAAGCGUUCCUCGUUGAAUCGCCUGGAGAAACCAUUGAAAUUGACUCAAGGCUGUUGCAAUUUGGUGACGAAUUUGUCGUCCCUGCCCACAGUCGUGUCGUGACAGACGGAUAUGUCAUUCAUGGGCAAAGUUCUGUCGAUGAGUCUAUGAUCACCGGUGAGAGCGUACCAGUACCCAAAGCAACUGGUGACGGGAUCAUCGCAGGCACUGUCAACGGCCCCAGUCCGCUUACUAUCCGCUUAACGCGUCUGCCUGGCAAGAACAGCAUCACAGAUAUCGUCAACAUGGUUGAGAACGCUCUGGCAAGCAAGCCGCGCAUCCAGGACCUAGCCGACAAAGUGGCAAGCUACUUUAUCCCAGUUGUCAUUUCGAUCGCUCUUGUCACCUUCGCGAUUUGGAUGGCAAUAGCUGUGAAGGUUCGUGGCAAAGACAUCGGUGGUGCUCUCGGCCUCGCCAUCACUUACGGAAUCGCCGUAUUGGCCAUAUCAUGUCCGUGUGCUUUGGGUCUUGCAGUCCCUAUGGUUCUGGUCAUUGCUGGUGGCGUCGCUGCCAAAAGUGGAGUAAUUGUCAAACAAGCCGACGCCAUUGAAAAAAGCUACAAGGUCACCGAUGUUGUAUUCGAUAAAACCGGUACGCUUACCGAGGGGGAUCUGGCUCUUGUCCAUGAGCAGGUGUUUCCGCAUCCGAGUGCAUCUGUGACUGAGGCGUUUGCGCUUACCAAGGCAUUAACCAAGGACAUUCAGCAUCCAGUGUCUCUGGCGGUUGCCAGCCAUAUACAGGGAGAAAUCCCCGUCUUGACCGACCUUGAACACAUCGAGUCAAUUCCUGGUUCAGGGCUCCGUGCAACGUGGAAAAACUCAUCGGUGAAGGCGGGUAAUCCUUACUGGUUGAAGGUUGAAGACCAGCCGGAAGUUGCAGCACUCAUCGAUAAAGGCAUGACCCUUUUUUGUGUGACACUUGACCACAAACUCCUGGCUGCCUUCGGGCUGAAAAGCAGUCUACGGGACGAAGCAAGUGCCGUUAUUGCAAAUCUUCAACGCCGCAAUAUCAAGUGCCAUAUUGUGAGUGGCGACAGUCCGAAGGUUGUUGAGGACGUUGCGACUACUUUGGGUAUCCCGAUAUCGAACACGGCUGCACGCCGUUCCCCUGGCGACAAACAGCAAUAUGUGAAAACGCUGAUGUCUUCCGGUAGGGUUGUGCUCUUCUGUGGUGAUGGAACUAACGAUGCGGUUGCUGUCGCGCAAGCCGACGUGGGCGUCCAGAUCGGCACUGCUUCCGAUGUCACAAGAGCCACAUCCGACGUGGUCUUGUUGAAUGGCUUGGACGGUGUGAUUGCUUUACUCGACACCUCCAAACGAUGCUUCCACAGGAUCAUUUUCAACUUUUCCUGGUCCGCACUCUACAACCUUUUCGCAAUCUUGCUGGCGGGAGGGGCUUUUGUCCAUGUCCGCAUCCCUCCCGCCUACGCCGGGCUUGGAGAAAUCGUGAGCGUCUUUCCAGUCAUUGCUGUUGCCUUGACUUUGUUGAGGGGGAGAUAGAUGGUGCCAGCCGAGCCGAGCCUCCAGCUGUGCAAAGAGGUGUGGGAAGAGAAUUGGCGGGAUGAACGUGCUGCCACUUUGACAGGCACACU